AUGAUUAUACCUGUUCGUUGUUUUUCUUGUGGCAAAGUCGUUGGUGAUAAAUGGGAACAGUAUAUCAAGUAUCUCGAAGAUGGUUUAAAAGAGAAAGAUGCCUUGGACAAGUUGGGUUUGAAAAGAUAUUGCUGUAGAAGAAUGGUGUUGACUCAUGUUGAUUUAAUUGAAAAGUUCCUACAAUACAAUCCUCUAGAGAAGAAAAAAAAUGGUUCACAAUCCAUUUAG